AUGAAGCUCUUGAUCCUUGCCGCUCUUCUUGGAGUCACUUUGGCUAAAGUCUCCACCAUUACCGUCAAGGGAAUCACCGUUUGUAACAAGAAAAGAGUGCCCGGGCUUAAAGUUGAGCUGAUGGAGGAAGAUGGAGUCACCAGAGACGACAAGUUGGCGACGGUGACCACUGACGGACAAGGAAACUUCGAGGUGUCUGGACAGGAUGAUGAAUGGGGAACGAUUGAGCCAUAUCUCUACGUCUAUCACAAGUGUCGUAUCUUGAAAGAGGGAUGCUGGACGAGAACCAAAUACGAGGUUCCCUCAUCGAAAAUCAAUGGUGUUUAUGACAUGACCUAUGUGACUCUCGAUGUUGUUCAAGCCGAGGAGGAUCAUGUCUGC